AUGGGUGACGAAGACAAGAAAGAGAAGAAGAAGAAGAGCAAGAAGAAGGAAGCAGAAUCCGAAGAUGCCGCCCCUGCGCCAGCCCCCGCCUCCAAACCUCCCUCCCAGAAGAGGAGAGCCCAAAGAUCAGGCAGUAAUGUCUUCGCCAUGUUCACACAGCACCAGGUCCAGGAGUUCAAAGAGGCUUUCCAACUCAUUGACCAAGAUAAGGACGGUUUCAUCUCCAAAAAUGACAUCAGAGCUACAUUCGAUUCCCUUGGCCGUCUUUGCACGGACGCCGAACUGGACUCCAUGGUCGCUGAAGCUCCCGGCCCCAUUAACUUCACUAUGUUCCUUACCAUCUUCGGUGACAGGAUAUCCGGCACUGAUGAGGAAGAUGUCAUCGUCAACGCCUUCAACUUAUUCGAUGAGGGUGAGGGAAAGUGCAAGGAAGAGACAUUGAAACGUUCCUUAACCACGUGGGGAGAAAAAUUCUCUGAAGAGGAAGUUGAGGAGGCUCUCUCCGAAGCUCCCAUGGACGACAAAGGCCUCAUUGACAUCAAGAAAUUCGCCAACAUCCUCACCAAGGGAGCAGAGGAAGAAGAAGGGGGUUAA